AUGGCAUCGUCGUUCACUCGAGCUGAACGGUCUGGAAAUAUUUUCUAUCGUGUUACGGGACUCAUUCGUUCAGGACAAAUGUCAUGGGCAGAUCGGCCAUUAUGGUACGAUGUCUAUAUCGCACAUCCUCCUUUACAGGCUCAUGAUUGGAAUGUAAAACAUGCGAAACACGACGAGCCAGUACGGAAAAUUUUCUAUGAAGAGGACAAGGUUCGGGCUGCUUUUUACAAAAAAUAUCGUGGUGGUAUCAUAAAUAUGAGCAGUCCACAAGAGAGUCUGUCUCAACAAUUUAUCAGGGAAUACGAUAUCGUAAAAAUUGAACAGAAAGGUGAUGUAACGGACGAUGAAAUCUUCCGGAGGACAGAGGAAAGGUUAGCAGAAGUUGGAGUAAAUUUGAAAUAG